GCGACCGACCGACCGACCGCUGGUCAUCCUUGCUGCCAUGGACCGCUUCGACGUCGACGAGCUGGACUUUGAGUCGGUCGAGCCCGUCCGGCCGAGCUCCUUCGAUGGCACGAGCGCGCAGAAGUUUGACAUUGCGAUCCGCGCCCGGCAGGCGCUGCCGAGCCUGAGCCUCACGGCGACGUGCAAUACGAAGCUCAAGCAGCUCGAUUGGCGCUUCGUCAAGAAGGACAAGGAGGUGUCCAUCCAUCGCCUGGAGCGCGAGAAGCACGGCAACUCGCUCACGACGCGCGUGAGCUUCCGCAUUAGCGUCGAGAUCAAGUCGUACCUCGAGACCAUCAUGGACGCGCUCGUGCCCAAGUCGCCGAUCGAGUACUUGCACAUGGAGAAGCGCAUGUUUCCCAAGUUUGUCGACGCGGCUGUGUUGCACCAGGUCGAGGACGACGAGGUCUCGGAGCUACCGACGUACCCGCGCCACUGCGUCAAGUGGCACGCGUCGCACCUCUUGACCAACCGCAUCACGGGCCGCAUGGGCACUCCGACCGACUUUGUCUUUGAAGAAUUCGCCGACGUCGAGACCAUCGAGAACGUGCAGUGUGGCUUUGGCUACAUCCAGAGCUGCGACUACCCCGAGGCGGACCUCCGCCGCGUGAGCGCGCUUAAGUGCAAGCGCGGCCUCAUCCGCAAGGGCGUCUUCCUCGUGCAGCCGAGUGCGCCCGACUCGGUCAUCCACGAAGUCACGGCCAUGUACAUCAUGGACUUUCCCAAGAACCUUGGCAUUAGCGUCGAUCGCAUCAUCUCUGCGUACGCCGAUCGGCUGCGCAACAUUCGCGAGAUGCUCAUCAACACGCUCUUCCAGCCGAUUCCGAUCUUGCCGCGCGACCAAUGGGUCGACGACCGGUCCCGGCGCGAGUGCUGUGUGUGCACACAGACGUUCACGCUGGUGCGGGCGCGACACCACUGCCGCGCGUGCGGCGAAGUCGUCUGCGGCAACUGCUCGCGCAAGUGGUCGGUGCCCGUCAAGAACAAUGGCGAGCUCCUCACGCGGCUCUGCACGCCGUGUUCGCUCAAGGCCCGCAGCAAUCUGAUGCCAUCGGUGGUCCACACCAACCGGUUCUCGCGCUCCAACACGACCUUGGGCCUCGACCCGCCCAUGACGGACUUUGAAAUGCAUCUGCACACGUCGUCGUACCACCCGCAUUUGAACUCGCUGCCGCUGCAAAAGCCGAUCUUUCACUCGGUGCGCGUCGGAGCGUCGGCGUCGGUCGUCGACGACACGGUGGCCGCCGUCGAGGGCGCGUGGCACCAGCUCGUGACCGGGCCCCUUCAGCUCAAUCGACCGCACUUUGCCCUUGUCAACUACUCGUGUGCGCACGACCCGCACUUGAUUGCCGAGACACUGCAUCGGCUGGCACCCGAGCUUGUUUUCUGUGGCGCGGCGCUCUCGAUGGAGAAGGGCGACGUGACGUAUUUUGAAGGCGGCGUGGACGGCAAGCUCGACAAGUACCCGCAUUUGCUCAGUCUCUGGGGCCUCUACGACGUGGACGGCAGCUUUACGGCCAACGGCGUCGGCUUUCAAGGCAUCGAACCCAAGGAGGCGACGCGCCAAUGCAUCAAACAGAGCAUUCUGGAUCUCGAGCUCGGCCCGACCGAGAGUCCGGACAUGCUCUGGCUCAUGCCGACCGACGGCUACGAGGAACCCGUGGUCCGAACGGUCGAAGGCAUGCUGGACACGUCCGCAACGAUCCUCGGUGCGACCAGCAAGCACAGUCGUCUCUGCGGCAGCGGCGCGCACGGCGUGUUUGUCAUGACCGACGACCAGCCCGGCAUCGUCUUGGCCAUGUGCAGUCCCAGCAUGCAAGUGACCGAAGCGUACUUUACGUGCUACGAGCCCAACGAACGCGUCUUCUCGGUGACGAAAGCCGACGGGAAGCGCCUCCUCGAGCUCGACCACCAGCCGCCGCUGCAAGUGCUCAAAGACGGGCUCGACCGCAACAAGCGCAAGCUGUACAUGGGGUCGCGCCAAAAGGUGUUUCCUGCGUUUGGGCGCAUGCAGAAAGGCCUUGGCGGCGACGUCUACGUCCAGCAGAUCGAACCCGUCGGCGUGCACUCGGACUUGAGCAUGACAUUGGCGGCGACCAUCAAGCGCGACGACCAGCUCCGCCUCAUGUCGAUGGAUACCAAGAUGAUCCCGGACGACAUUGCAGCGGGACUCCAUGCGUGCCGGGAGGAGGAAGAAGUGAUUGGCUGCUAUGUGACGAUUGGCGCGAGCAUCCUCCAGCACUUGGGCGACGACGCGCCGCUGCUGCGUGACGCGGUGCUGCACGGCAUGGGCCGCAACCUCUACUCUGCGAUUGCCGGCACCGUCUCGAUGACGCAGAUUGGCAUCAUGACGGGCGCGCACAAGCUGUCGUACGGCAACGGUAUGGUCGCCGCGCUUCUCAUCACCAACACCAAGCAAAAGCGGUCGGUGGAGCGGCGCAGCAGCCGCGCCCAGCGCCGGUCGUUUUAGUCAGCCCUUUUUACUAAUUAGCUUAUUCUUCUUGCCCAC